AUGCGCCCUUCUCGAAGCAGUGUUCCAUCUGCUCGAAACAGCGCACCGAUUAUCCAAGGCAACCUUCCUCGCCGUUGGCCUCCACGACCUUGUGCUGAAGAGGAGCCAGCUUCUCUCGCCAAAGAACUCCAUGGCCUUUCGAAACUUGGUCAAAGGCCCGGUGUUGAAGGUAUCCGUGAAAGAGGUGCUGUUGACCAGUACCCUAUCAUCGUCGGAUUGAACACCGCUCCCGUAUCGACAUCGAUCCCGCCCAGCAUCCCCAAUGUGCCUGGACUAGGCAACGUUUCUUCGGAUGAGAGCUCUGGUCCAGCGACGCCCCCGCCCCAAGCUCCUCAGGUUCCUCGAGCUCCCCCAGCACCUCGAGUUUAUUCGGCUCCCUCAGCUCCUGCUCCUCCAGCCCCAGCUUCUCGAGCUCCUUCAGCUCCAGGACCCCCAUCUCGCGCAGCCCCGGUGCCUCGCUCUCAGUCCCCUGUUCGCUCGCGACCCCAACCGGCGUCAGCCUCAUCUGCAUCCAAUAAUUUCCGAGGUCGACCACAAGCGGAAGUCCAUCAGCAACCUGCCCGCGACGCAAGUACGUAUUUACCCCGUCGAUCUCGCUCCCGUUCUCUCUCGCGAGCUCCAAUUCCUCCCCAGGAGGAUGCGCCAGUAUUUAUCGCUCCCCAUAAGUCGCGAGGCGAGAGACCCGAGCGACCUCGAUCUCCGUCUCGAGGUCCAGUCUACGAAAGGACCUCGUCGCGCCCCUCAAAAUCUUCAAUUGGCCGGUCCAACAGUGCACGAUAUAGAAGUUCAGCUCCUCGAUUCGGGCCCAGUCAACGUCAACGAGAAAAUUCGGGAUAUCUUUCUGACUCGGCCACUAUACGGAGUAGAAACUCAUCCUCAUCUGGCUCUACAACACAAACAAAACCAACUGUUGGUCAGUUCACCGGCCUUUCGGUUGCAGAGAGACUUGAAGAGAAACUUCAGCUUCGACGAGAAAUGCGAGAGCGGCAGCAAGAUCACGGCGAAGCGGCAUCGUUUUCGGAUACAGAAAUUCGCCCCAGGGUGUCCAGAGUGAAGUCUCUCGUGUCGGCUGGACCUCCCUCGGUCGUGGGACCCAUACAGUACCCGCCUCCUCUUGAGCCAGAUCGUGGCCCAAACUUCCGUACAAAUGAUCGACCUCCAGUUACACGCUCACGAACAACCUCUGUGAGUGCAGUCGGGCCGCCGCCCUCUCGAUCAGCUUCCACGGCGCGCAAGGCAUCGAGGUCGGGCUCGACCGAUGACGGACCGCCAGCGACACGCUCACGAGCAGUCUCAUCGGCUUCGGUUGCACCACCACCCGCUCGAUCAGCCUCGACGGUACGCAAGGAAUCGAGGUCAGCCCUCACUGACGAUGGACCACCAGCCACACGCUCACGGGCAACCUCAUCGGCUGCGCUUGCACCGCCGCCGUCUCGAUCAGCCUCCAUGACGCGCAAGGCAUCGAAGUCAGUUUCAUCUGAAGAUGUCCCACCGAGUCUCAGAAAAUCAUCUCGGCCCCCAGCAUCCGUCAAGUUCCAGGAGGAGCCCAUUUCAAAGCCCGUCUCGUCUCAAACCAUAACCACCCGUCAACCAAGUCCUCCCCAGAAGCCUCCAGCUCCCGUUGGACUAUGCCUCACUCCCUGCCCUCGCUCCACCCCCGUGGCAGGCCACCAGGACUGGUAUACCCUCAAAGGGCUGACACACCUAGACAUCUGUCCAACUUGCAUGAACCAGAUCGCCCACUCUCGUUACCGCGACUUCUUCACCCCAAGCCUACCCAAGCCCUCUGCCCAAGCAGUCCGCUGCGCCUUCUCCAACGCCUGGGUCCGUCUGGCCUGGACACAAAUGAUCAAAAAGCAACACGACAGUCUCGAAAUGCUCUACCAAAUGACCCGACCACCACCAGGAACACGCCCAUGCCCCGGCCGAACCAUCACCGACCAAACAUGGCACCGCGUCAUCGACCCAGAUACUGGCCUAUACCUACCACGCUUCCAAGUCUGCGGAACAUGCGCGCGAAAGGUCCGCAUCUUGAUGCCACCUCACCGAGACACAUUCCACCACAAUCCCGAACCAUCAGAGCGAGUCUGCGACUUCGUCACGAACAGCCCACGUUUCGUCCAAUUCAUAGACCUACUCGAUAGCGCCGCGACACGCGCAGAACUAGACCCAUCCCGUCGACCCGAUACGCACGAGUUCCUCUCCUACGCCCGGCGCAAGGUCGUCCUGCGUGAUUGUCGACGCGAUCGUCCGACGAUGAGUACGUGGCAUUAUAUCCCCGCUUUGCCGGAACUGAGUGUCUGUGAAGACUGCUAUGAUGAAGUUGUCUGGCCUCUUGCUAAGAAUAAUCAUUCCAUUGCGCGUAUGUUCUCUACAUCUAUGCGUUUACUUCCGGGUGAUGGGCCGAAUCGGUGUCGUGAAGCGACUUGUCAGUUGUACUCGGCUCGGGUGAGGGCUCGAUUUCGGGAUGCGGUGUUGAAGGGGGAUUUUCCGGCUUUGAAGAGUGUUUCUUUGAGGAGAUUUGAGGCUGAGCAGAGGUUUAGGGAUCGGAGGAGGAGUUGCUUAUUGCUGAGAAGAGGGGGUAUGAUUGUGAUGUGGAGAUGA